AUGUUUGAGGACGUGGCGGUGUACUUUUCACCAGCGGAGUGGGCAGACCUGGCAGAGUGGCAGAAGGACCUCUACCAAGCCGUGAUGGUUGAAAACUACGAGGUGGUGGCUUCACUGGGGCAUCUGGCCACAAAGCCCGAACUGAUCUGCAAAAUAGAGCAUGAAGAGCAGCCGUGUGUGGCUGCGCCGCUGGAAUCCCCCGAGUGGAGGAGGCCCCAGAGCCCCUGGUUGGCAGGAGACGGGAUCCGGGUAGCCGAAGAGGAGGAGGGCGAAGAGGGGAGCCUGGUCCAGCAGUGCCUCCCCCAGCGCAAAAGACAGAGAAAGACCCCGCUGCCCCGAGCGGAGAAGCCAGGGAGGCAGGCGAGACCCGCGGCCCCCAAGGCCCAAGGCGGGGGUCUCCCCCGGGUGACGCUGAAGAUGAACCCACCCAAGUGCCCCGAGUGCGGCAAGAGCUUCCUGAGCAACGUGGCCAUGACCAUCCACAUCCGGACCCACACCGGGGAGCGCCCCUUCAAGUGCCACCUCUGCCCCAAGGGCUUCCCCUCCCGGGGGGACCUCAAGCGCCACAUCAAGACCCACCUGCGCAGGAAGGACCCUCCCAACCCGAGCUCCCUCCCCAAGACCAGGAAGUGUCUCACCGCAAAGCUGCAGCUGCUGCGCCAACUGGGGGUGAGCCCGGGGCCGAAGAAGCCCCACGGCUGCGCCCAGUGCGGGAAGAGCUUCAACAAGAAGCAGGACCUGCGCAAGCACCAGGGGACCCACUCAGCGGAGCGGCCCUUCACCUGCCUGGAGUGCGGGCGCAGCUUCCGGCUGAAGCAGAUCCUGGUGGCCCACAUGAAGGUGCACGUCGGGGAGCGGCCCUUCGCCUGCCAGCAGUGCGGGAAGCGCUUCAGCCAGAAGCACCACGUGGAGAGCCACCAGCGGGUGCACACGGGGGAGAAGCCCUUCUCGUGCACCACGUGCGGGAAGCGCUACGCCCAGAAGCAGCCCCUGAUCAGCCACCUGCGCGUGCACACCGGCGAGCGGCCCUACGGCUGUGCUGACUGUGGGAAGUCCUUCCGGAACCAGGCCACGCUGACCAUCCACCACCGCAUGCACACGGGCGAGCGCCCCUACCGCUGCCUCCUGUGCAGCAAGACCUGCAGCCAGCUGCAGCACCUCAAGAGCCACCAGCGGGUGCACCGCGGGGAGCAGCACCUGCUUGCAGCCGGGGACAGCAAGGCCCUCGCCCUCAAGAGGGCCCGCGAGAUGGAGGAGAAGCCGUACCAGUGCCCCAGGUGCGAGAAGCGCUUCCGGGACGAGGAGAUCAUGCAGGCCCACCUCAGGACCCACGAGGAGCGGAAGGGGCUCAGGUGCGGGGCGAGCCCCAAGCCGGAUCCACCGCUUCCCGUCCAGCCAAAAAGGCCCCCGCCGGAAUCCGACUCUGUCGGCAAAGGGGCAGGAGCAAAGGGGCAGGCGGCCCCUGCCCUCGCCCGCUCUGGCGCACCGGCUGGAAAGAGAGCAUUCGCGUGCGCUGAGUGCAGCAGGAGGUUUUCGCAGGCCAAGUACCUCACCUUGCAUCGGAGGAGCCAUAGAUGAGGAGGCCGCUUCCGCACUGAAGGAGAACCGGGAUCGGAACCCUCCGUCGGGCUCAAGCGCAGGCGGGCCCUCGGGGGCCACCACAGCUGUCCUCUGACCAUGGGAGGGAGAAAGUGUGGAGGGGCAGAAGGAGAAGGCAGGAAGGGCCUUGCUUUUGCGCAAUCUGAAGAAAUCAGACUGUCCCGAGGGCAUUUCUCGUUGUUCCACCCCUUUAUGGCCAGGCCAGGACGCAGCGAGGGAGAACUUCCAGUCCUCAAAAAAAGAAAAACCCGUUUCAGUCCGGCAGCACUGGCGGCCCCUGCCAAGAGCGAAGGGCUGCGGGGUGUAAAGCCAGGUUCUGUCCCUGAGUCACAGCCCUUGCCAGGUUCAGAGGCAGGAGAGCCCGAGGCCAGGUCGGGCCAGCACCCAGGAAGCUCACCAGCCAGGAGGUGGCCCAGCAGGUGCCAUUGGCGGGAUCCUGAUCGUGAAAGGCCAUCAAGACCGGGAGCCCUGGAUAGCACGGCUCUCUAUCAGUUUGUCCCUUCCUUUGAAGCAGCGUUUCUCAACCUUGGCCCCUUUAAGAUCUGCGGACUUCAACUCCCAGAAUUCCCCAGCCAGCAUUGAAUUUUGGGAGUUGGAGUCCACAAAUCCUAAAGCGGCUAGGGUUGAGAAACCCUCAUUUAAACCAUCUGAGCUGAUGCACAUCGUGAUCUCAGCAGAUUACGCUGCAUCGGGCAGGGAAACCGCGGUGGAGUCUGAUCCCUGGGUCCCUUCCAGCUCUACGACACGUCCUUCAUGCCAUGCAUGACUGUGUAUACCCCUCUCGUCACAGAAUUUGCAAGGGGGGGAAAUCCCUCGCUCAGGGCCUGGUAAUGUUCUGUCAGCUGCUGCAUUGCGGAAACAUGGGGCUGACUUGAAUCCGAGGCAAUCUGACCAAAUCAGUAUUUCCUGCCUAUUAUGUAUGAACGAUAGCUGGAUUUUAUAGGUGUUCUUUGCUCACAAUGCUCUGGAUGGUGGUUGGGUUGGGGCUACUAUGAGAAAUGAGUGUGGAGCUUCCCAGUUAAGGUUUGCAAACACGGAAGGCAAAUGGCAAAGAUCUGUUUGAUAUUGGGGGGGGGGGAAGAGCUCAGAGACAAUGAAUUUCAUUGUGUUUGGAGCCAAUCUUUUGCUGACUUGCCUUGAACAAAAAAGCAGCUAUGCCGGUAAUUGAAAAUGAUUGUAAUACGAUAAAAACAUGGAAUGGUUCCUGUCUCAUUGUCAGAUCGUAGCAUGAAACAGAAGGUC